AAACUACUAAUUUACUACGCUUGAAAAGGUCACUGGUUCGCUUCUACUAGAAUUAUAAGGUGCCAUCGCCAUGCCCGAGAAGUCGGUUGUCUUUGUAAGGUACGGACCAUAUGAGUCAUGCGGCACUGUCGAGCAUAGGACAUCUCGGCUGGAAGGCUUGCAAGCUAUGCUCACAGCAGAUGGCCAUCACUGUGUCCUUGAAAAGCUACAAGAGUGGAAUAAAGUGGAGCUGAUAGUGAAUGGAGAAAUUGUUUUUCAGUGUAACAUUACCCAUCUAGAUUUUGGAGGCGACGGGACAUUAGAUCCUCUUUGUCUGCAGGCUAGACAAGCAGUGAAGGAUGCCUACUGAAGAAUUAAGUCACAUUAUUAGUGAGAGCUGCACUUUAAUUUAGCUACUAUAAUCACAUUACUAACUUGCCAUUGACUGGUUUGUGCUUUCUUAAUGUGCCAAAUAAACUUAUUAUGCGACAUUCUGAAGAUCAUGACAAUGACAAAAUGUUUUUGUAGUUCUGGUCACUAGAACAAAUC